CACCGCCGCACUGACGUCAGGAGGGCGGCGCCGCUGAGCGCGCGCUGCCCGUGCGCGGCCAUGGGCGCUGCGGCCGAGCUGGACCGGACGCUGUUCGUGGGGAACCUGGACCCGCGCGUCACCGAGGAGCUCAUCUUCGAGCUGUUCCACCAGGCGGGCCCGGUAAUUAAGGUGAAGAUCCCCAAGGACCGGGAUGGGCGGCCCAAGCAGUUCGCGUUCGUGAACUUCAAGCACGAGGAAUCCGUCCCGUACGGGCUCAACUUGUUGAACGGGAUCAAGUUGUACGGGCGGCCCAUCAAGAUCCAGUUCCGAUCAGGAAGCAGCCACGCGGCUCAGGAGUCUUGUUCCCCCCAGGGCACCACCAGCACCAGCCCCUUGGGUGUGCCGCACCCAGCAUCCACCGGCAGCAGAUACGACAGGAGUCCUGAUGGCAUGGUACCAGCAGGGUUCCCGUCAGCUCAUCGGUCUCUGCCAACAGCUGACAACCUCCAGAGACAGGCGAUGCUGAACAGUGCUUUGUGGCCACAGCCUCAUUUUGGGGGCAAGUACGAGCAACCCGGCUUCAGCCCUCCCGGCUACCAGCCCCCUGCGUACAGCUACCACCCCGCCACCGGCUGCUCGCUGCCACGGCACCCAGAGCUGCUGCGCAAGAGCCGGCUGGGCGCCCACCCGUACCACCCCGAUGGGCGGCACGGCAGCCGCGAGCAGCCCCGCUUCGGGGAGCGUGGCCACGACCAUGAGCACCGCUACCGCGCCAGCAGAGAGGAGCCUGGCUACGACGACCGGCACCAGGAUAGCUGGAGCCAUGACUACAGGAGAGAGCCCAGGUGGCACCCGGUGCGGCAUUAGCCACUCGGAGGGGGCUUUGAUGGACUCCAUGGCAUAGAAAGCGCAACCCCUUUCUUACCAAGUACAUGU